CCCCGCCCGGCCGUGACGUCACGGGCGCGCUGCGUCAGGGGCGGGCGGUGUCGGCGGCGCGCGGGGCCAUGGCGGCGGGGUACCAGCAGCGGCCCGGCGGCGGCGGCGCCCCCCUGCCCGACCCCUCCUUCCUGUGGAACGUCUUCCAGAGAGUUGACAAAGACAGAAGUGGAAUAAUAUCUGAUAAUGAACUUCAGCAGGCAUUAUCCAAUGGCACGUGGACUCCAUUUAAUCCAGCAACAGUCAGGUCAAUUCUUGGCAUGUUUGACAGAGAAAACAAAGGGGGUGUGAACUUCAAUGAAUUCACAGGAGUCUGGAAAUACAUCACAGACUGGCAGAAUGUCUUUCGAACGUAUGACAGAGACAAUUCUGGAAUGAUUGACAAAAAUGAGCUAAAGCAAGCACUAACAGGUUUUGGUUACCGACUGUCUGAUCAAUUCUAUGAUAUCCUUAUUCGGAAAUUUGACAGACAAGGAAAAGGACAAGUUGCCUUUGAUGAUUUUAUUCAGUGCUGUGUUGUUCUACAGAGGCUGACUGAUGUGUUUCGACGAUACGACACUGACCAGGAUGGCUGGAUUCAGGUGUCCUAUGAGCAGUAUCUGUCCAUGGUCUUCAGCAUCGUAUGACACCGAUAACCAGGAAUUGCACACUGGCAUUGCACAGACUGGAGUUGCCAAAUCAUCCUCUACUGAAUAAGAUUAUGUAUUAUAAUGGAUGUAACAUCACAUUCUUAAAUUUUGUAUGUUGGUAAUCAUUGUCAGAAUCUGUACUUGAGUUGGUUUUAUUUUGUAUUAUUGUAUGAUAUGACCAUCUCUGCUUACUGUAGUACAGAAAGCACAGAAUCUAGAUUUAACCAGUACAAUGUUGAACUCUUACACAUAUCCUUACCUCUUAUGCAUAUCCUGCAUGGGAAAAAUGACUCUUUAGAAAUGCCAAAUUAAAAUUAUGCUUGUUAGUUUAUAUCAGUUGAAAGCCAGAAGUUGCACAACAUGUUUUGCAUGUGCCUUACUUUUAUAAGAAUUUAAUGUAUUAAUUUUUAAAUACAGAAUUUAAAAUUAAGUAAAAAUACCAGGUCAACUUUUA